AGCGGAAGUGGGGCGGGACCUGCAGCGGGGCGGAAGCGGCUUCGCUCCGGACGCGCCGGGGCUGGAGAUGGCCCGGGCUCGAGGCGCGGCCGCGGCGCCGGCGGGCAAGGCGGGAUGCGGGCGCUCCGGCCGGCCGCGGGCGCGGCAGCGGCUCCCGCAGGGGAAGCGGCGCAGCAAGCCGCGGACGAAGGUCAACUCCCGGCCCGAGGGCGCGGACCAGCAGGACAUCCCCUUCCGGCUCCGCGAGAUCAUGAGGAGCCGCCAGGAGAUGAAGGCCCCGCUCAGUAACAAGAAGAGGAGGAAGCAGGCCCAGGCGACCUUCAAGAAGACGUUAGAGCAGGAAGCGAAAGGAGAGGAGCCCGACAUCCCCGUGCCCAAGUUCAAGCGGAGGAAGUGGGAGUCGGACAGGGCCUACGUCCAGCGCAUGGAGCAGGAGGCCCAGCACGUGCUGUUCCUCACCAAGAACCAGGCCGCCCGGCGCCCAGAGGUGCAGGUGCCAGCCAAGAAGUCUGAGCGCAAGAAAGCGUUCCAGAGGCGGCGUCUGGAUAAGGUCCGGCAGCGGAGGGAGGACCAGGCUGCCGACCGGCUGGAGCUGGAGCUGCUCCGAGAUACGGUGAAGUUCGGUGAGGUCGUCCUGCAGCCCCCGGAGCUGACUGCCAAGCCCCGGAAGAGCAUUGGCCAGGAGGAGCCUGGCAAGAAGUCGCUGAUGCUGAGUUCGCUCUUGAGCCCCGGAGUGCCCCAGCCCCUGCGCAGCUCGCUGGCCCGGGAGCGCAUCAUCAGGGCGGAGAGGGAGCGGGCCGUGCAGGCCUACAGAGCGCUGAAGCAGCAGAAGCAGCCGCGGCAGGGGCCACAGCCUGCACGGCCACGCGGCCCUGUUCCCCAGAAGCGGGAGCCACUUCACUGACAGUGGGGCAGCAGGGCCCCCGGACACCGGGGAUGCAGGGCUCUGCCCCCGGACACUGGGGAUGCAGGGCGCUGCCCCAGCUCUCCACACUGAAGGCUGCCCUGCCGCAGUGACCAUCCAUGGGCCCGGAUCUCACGCCACAUGUCCCGUGGGGGCAGUGUCUAGAGCCUGGUGUGGUUCCCAGCUUUGUUCUGAAGCAAAGUCCAGGCCAACACAGCCCACGCACUUCAGGGCAUGCCCGUUGCCCGUCGCAGGACUCUGCCCCUGGACUGGUGACUGGGGUCAGCGCGUGUGGCAGAGGCUCGCGAGUCAGCCCUGCUCGGGGGAGGCACCCAGAGCUGGCCAGAGGCCUCACGGCACAGCCAGACCUCAGCCCCGUUCUGAGGAUGCCACUGGGCGCCGCUCCGCACGCAGAGUGGACAGCUGGCCGUAGGCGUGGCUGGGACUCUACACCCUCACCCUCAGCUGGGGAACGCCUGGACUCGGCACUCGGCAGCCUUGACCCUGACACCGGGGACCGUCUCCAAGCCGGCAGCACGCCCCACGGUGCCGGGCGCCUGCACAGCGGCCAGGAGUGGGAGUGAGGCCUGCCUCUGCUCCCCGCAGCGUCACAGGGGCCUGCACUGGCCUUGCAGGGCCCCCUUCUGUGGGUGCUCGUGUUCCUACAGGGCCGUGAGUGGCUGCAGCCGGCUGUGAACAGCAGACUCCCCCGGGUCCCUGGGCCAUCGCUGAAGGCUGCUGCAGCCUGUGGGACAGAUUAAAGAGGCUGUGUGCUCUGUGCUA